AUGAUGCCGGCGCAGCGACUGCAGGGCUGCCGCUCCCUUCACAUUAACGAAGACAAUGGCCGCUUUCUGCUGCUCGCCGUGCUGAUCAUCGUGUACCUGCUGUGCGGCGCUGCGGUGUUUUCUGCCAUCGAGAGGCCGUCCGAGCUGCGAGCCCACGGGCGCUGGAACCGGACACUCGUGAACUUUAGCGACACGUUCAAUAUCAGCUUGCAGGAUCUGAGCGCCUUCCUGAAAGAGUACGAGGCUGCGAUCGCUGCUGGAGUUCGGGUCGAUUCUCUUCGACCAAGAUGGGAUUUGACAGGGGCGUUUUAUUUUGUCGGGACAGUGGUGUCCACUAUAGGCUUUGGUAUGACCACUCCUGUCACAGUAGCUGGAAAGGUAUUCUUGAUAUUUUACGGCCUGUUGGGUUGUGCGGCCACCAUCCUGUUCUUCAACCUCUUCCUGGAGCGCAUCAUUACCCUGCUGGCUGUGGUUAUGAAGGCUGUACGUCUAAGGCGUAUGCGGACCAGCGGUCUUCUCCCGCCGGGGAUCUGCCAGGACUUUGCCGCAAGCACCCUGCCUGGCUGGAAGCCCUCCGUCUACCAUGUGAUGUUGAUCCUGGGUUUGUCAUCCAUUGUGAUCUCUUGCUGUGCAUCGGCCAUGUACACUCCCGUGGAGGGUUGGGCGUACCUGGACUCACUCUACUUUUGCUUUGUCACCUUCAGCACGAUUGGUUUUGGGGAUUUGGUGAGCAGUCAGAAUGCCGCAUAUGGUUACCAAGGGUUCUACCGGUUGGCCAACUUCCUCUUUAUCUUGACUGGUGUAUGCUGCAUCUACUCUCUCUUCAAUGUCAUCUCCAUCGUUAUAAAGCAAGUCCUUAAUUGGAUGUUGGAGAAAAUGAGUUGCUUGUGCUGCCAACGGUGCAACAAAGCAAACGCUUUCUUGGGACGGCGCAACGCCAUUCGGCCUGGCUCGCGCCUCAGACGAGGGCGCUUUGGACAAACGCCGGACUCUAAGGAGCCUUGCGAUAGUGACACGGAGGGCCGGAGGCUCUCGGGUGAGAUGAUCUCAAUGCGAGACCUAACGGGAUCCAAUAAGAUCUCACUGGCCAUCAUGCAAAAGCAGCUCUCUGAAUCAGCCAACGGAUUUCCAAGAACUGUCUGUGGAAGCUCAAGGCAGAACGGCUUUUCUGGUGGCAUCGGGGCUCUGGGCAUAAUGAACAACAGACUGGCAGAAACCAGUGACUCUAGGUAG